GUGAAGUUACGUGCUCGCUCUAGGCCUUGUCCUUGAUUAUUUAUUUCCCUGUGUAGCACUGGAACUGGAAAUUUUUGAAAAGGCACGAUAUUCAAUGCUUUUUUCUACAUGUUUGUUUUGGGCUUGCAUAAGCAAGAUCCAGACUAACAUUAGUAAAUUUACAGACAGGGAUAUUUAUUGUGGUUUAACAACUUGAGACAGGACACUGUCACUGUGUCAAUAAGAGAAAGGAGUGAAGACUCCAAGCUGCAAAUGCAAAGCAAUGGAUAGGUAGGAUGUAACAUUAACAACCUGACACCAUGAACAGUGAUUCUAACGUUUCUACUGCCUCAUCUCAGCCUCAAGUCGAGGAAUCACCCGGCCCUGAGGCCAGUAACACAUUGAGUACUCCAGCAUCCAUCCAGAAAUUCCAUGAGCCGCCGGAUACAAAAGGAGUAGAAGAGCUCUGUCCAGUAUGUGGAGAUAAUGUUUCAGGCUACCAUUACGGACUGCUCACGUGUGAAUCUUGCAAAGGAUUUUUCAAGCGUACUGUUCAGAACAAGAAGGUAUACACAUGUGUAGCAGACAGGAGGUGCCACAUAGACAAAUGCCAGAGGAAACGUUGUCCAUACUGUAGAUUCCAGAAGUGUCUGGAAGUUGGGAUGAAGUUGGAAGCGGUGCGAACUGAUCGAAUGAGGGGUGGAAGGAACAAGUUCGGUCCCAUGUAUAAAAAGGACCGAGCGAGGAAGUUGCAGCUCCUACGUCAAAAACAGCUAACCCAAUCACGGUGUCAAGAGGUUACGAGGAGUGAGGUGGUACCCAAAACCUCAGCUCAAACAUUGUCUCUACCUCAUGCCACUUCUGUGUCUGUUUCCUCUUCCCCCUUGUACUCAUCAGACUCAACACUCGUCAAGCAGGAACUUAUUCAGAUCCCUCAACUCAGUUCUUCUACCAGUUCCCCAGACCCUUCACCUUCAUCACUCUCUGCAACUGCUUUAGCUCUACCUAUCCCUUACAAGGGAAAUCAGCCUCAUACACCCAACCCUCAGGCUGGGGAAUGCUUAAAAAACUUGUGUGUAACUACCCAUGCACCCAAGAAAUCCUUGCCUUCAUCUCAUGUAAUAUCUAAUCCUUGCCCUCCUAAAUUAUAUCGGAAUGACCCAGGAAGUUCACAUCUUACACCUGUUACCCUAGUGGAAGGGAGUGAUAAAACUACACUUCUUAUCAAGGAGUUGCACAUGAGUAUGGCAGAUGAUAAAGAGUGGCAGAGGCAGUUGUUCAGUCUCCUACAAAACCAGACUUGCAAUCAGUAUGGGGUGGACCUUUUCAAACUAAUGUGUAAAGUCAUUGACCAGUUCCUGUUUGCUCAAGUGGACUGGGCAAGGAAUAGUAUUUUUUUUAAAGAACUUAAGGUGGAUGAUCAAAUGAAGCUACUACAGAAUUCUUGGAGUGACAUGCUCCUUUUGGACAACAUUCACCAGCGAUUACAUAAUGGUCUCCCUAAUGAAACAGCACUACCUAAUGGUCAGAAGUUUGACCUUUUGACUCUAGCACUAUUGGGAUUGCCAGCUCUUGCUGAACCAUAUGAGCAUCUGUUAUACAGUCUUCGGGAAAUAAAAUUUGAUCCAAUGGAUUACAUCUGUGUCAAGUUUCUUAUUUUGUUGAAUCCUGAAGUUAGACAGUUGUCAAAUGUAAAGGUAGUUCAAGAAGCUCAUGAACAAAUCAAACAAACACUUGUGGACUACAUCAAGAACUGUUAUCCAGAAGCCAAAGAUAAAUUCAGCCAAUUGGUCCAGUGUAUCUCUGAGAUCAAGCAUAUUAGCAGAAGAGGUGAAGAAUUCCUCUAUCACAAGCAUCUCAAUGAUAAUGCUCCCACACAAACCCUGCUUAUGGAAAUGUUACAUGCCAAGAAGAAAUAAUUAUAUAUGAUCAUCUAAGAGACAACAAACAUAGUUCGAGAUAGUUUAGUCAUAAGACUUGUAUUGUUCUGUAUGAUCUUAAGUCAACUAUACAGGUCACAUGUUUAAAACAUUCGUCUUAUGGUGGCAGAUUUGAAUAACUAAAUUUUUAUUUUGCAAGGUAUUUUAUUCUUUGUGUCUGAUCAACAUUAAAAGUUACUUUGUCAAUGAGUAGUUUAAUUUGCUAUUUCUGCAAUUAAGCAAGCUAAUAAUAUUAAGACAUGGCUGAAUAGAAGUCUUCUGAUUAGUUUUGAGUGCUACCUGAACACAAAGUCUAGUAUUUUUAAGCACUAAUAAUUAUGUUUCUAAUUACAUUAAUAAAUGGAAACAAUAAUGUUCCAUAACAGUCUGUAAUCUUAGCCAGAUCACUUGUAAUUGUGUUUGAUUUUAUCUAGUAAUGCCUGUAAUUCUAGCUAGUACCACUUGUAAAUGUGCUUGUAUCCAUUUUCUCAUGUAGUUAUUUAGUGCCAUCACUGCUAAACCACUCAUCUUAUAACUUUUGAUAUAAAAGUAAAGAACUUGUACUAAAUAUAACCUUUUCUUCAAAGAGUCAUUCUGUAGCUGACAGAUACACAUUCCUUGUUCAAGACAUUUUUAUUCUCAUCUUAGUGUUACGAUGUGUGUGUGCCCAAUAUUUUCAACUGUUUUUAGGUACUGGAUAAAAAUAAUGAUUAUCAUCAUGAGGGUGGAUAAUAAAAGUGACAGCUAUUUUGUGUAAAAUCAGAGGAAUCUGUUAGUGAUGCCUACUACAUAGACUUGUUGAAAGAGGUUAUUUUUUGUUUCUUCUUCGCAAACUCACUAUUUUUUUAUUUUUGUGAUGCAUAAGGCAAAAGGGCACUCACAUUUAUAUUUACUCAUUCACCUGAAACUUUGUAUAGAAAUUUUCCCAAAGUUUUGAUGGUGAUAUCAGUUCAGGCAAUUACUUUUCCUGUAAUCCAUACCUCCAAUAUUCUGAUGGGGGUAAAGCUACAGUUUGUAGGACAUAGGCCAAUGAAAAAAGGUUGGGGAACAGUGCCCCCUUUUUUAUAAUCAUUUGUUAAGCUAAUGUGUAGCAAAGUUCACCAUGUAUUUUGGUCUGUUUUUUAAUCUAGAGAAUAAAUUAUUUUUUUUGUGGGGGAAAGAAUUGUUUGAACCUCUAGCAGCUGCUGUUACAAGACACUGUGAGGGAAUAUGUCAAAAGGUGAACUGUUAGUAUGCUUUCCUGGAAAACAAGAAAGUUAUUUAACUUUAGUUAUUCCCCACUAACUUGCUUGGGGAGAAUUAACGUUGAAACUGUCACCUACAGUAUAAAUAAUUCUCUGAGUAGCUUUUCUAAUAUGAUAAGGUAAAUGUAUAAAAAUAAAGUGUAAAUAUCAUUUAAUUUUUUAUGUUUUGUUUUCAAUGCUGCAAAACGCACAAGUUUCUGCUAAACUGAGGUUGCCAGCAUUCCUUGUGUAGGUUCAACACUGCCACUGUUAAUCCCAUUGACUGAAGUCAUUCAACAUACAUGUUUGAGGGAUUUUGUACAUGAUGGUGGUUUGUGAGCAUUAUGAUGCUUUCCAGUAAUUGUUAGUUUUAGAAUAAUUGUUACUGUUAUUAUUACUGAUGUGCCUAUAUGAUUUUAAAUUUAAUGUUAUAGUUGCACAGUUUAGUAAUUUAUCUAACUGGUGAUAUGUAAUUGCACUCAGAGGUGGAUCCAGGAUUUUUUGCACCAGAUCAUGAAACUUUUGAAAAAAUUAACUUUUUUUUAUAUUAAAUUUAAAGGUAUCUUUGUUUUGUAGUCCACAGAAAAGAGGGGGUUGCAACACCCUCUCUGAUUUAUCCCCUUGCACUACUAUGUUACCAGUGUUCAUCCAUACCACAUGAUUUCAACAAUAUCUAGUUGGUUAAAGACAAUAUUAAAAUGUAUUUGAGACAUAUCAUAACUGAAACAGAAAAAUACACCUAUUAAUAUAAACCAGGUGAUAAAUAAUAGUUUCACACACGAGUAUUUGCAUUUUUGACACAUAAAACUGUUGGUCGAAAGAAAAGUUAAUAAAAAUGGCAAGACUUUUUUCUAGAUUAAUAAGUCUUUGAUAAGUUACUAUGAUAAAUUUCUCCAGAAAUGUAUAUGUUAAAUCAUUUCAAAUUUUUCUUAAAAUUCUGUAAGUAAUCAAGAAAGCUGUCAAGUUGAAUUAAUUAUUUAAUAACAAUAUUCCUUGGUUUUAAUUUCAUGUUUUGUCUUAUUUUACUCAGCUUAUAUUGCUUUGGUGCCCUGCAAUCAAAUAAGCUUGUCUUAGUUAUUAGUUAUAUUACAAAGUGCCUUCUAUAUAAUGAAAAAAAAAGAAAAACCUGUUGCAGGCCUUCCAAUGCCACCUAUUUUUUUGUAAAAAAUUCCAAAUUUUCCCUCCUUUAUGGACACAGUUUGUGCUAUUACCUUUUUCAGGUCAACUGUGUGAAAUUUAAACCUUGUGAGUGACAAUUUGGCUGACUCAGAUGUUUUUAAUUAUACAGACGAGAUUUCUGAAUGUUUUCGUGAUAUUGGGAAAACUUGGUGUGUGUGUAUAUAAGAAUAUAACAAACGUGACCUUCUAGGCAAGUACAUCAUUAGUUACUAAUUACCACACACUUGAAUAAAAUGUCAUGUCAUCCUAUUACUCUGAUGUUUUAAUAUUAUUCCCUAUAAUUUGCCCUACUUUUUCUUUAACUCCUCUGUAAAAUUAGCCCUAUUCUUCCUUGAUAUGCCAUUGAAAGGCCUAUUGUUUGGAAAGCUGAAAUUCUUCUAUUGGAGACAGGUUAUUUUUGAAAUUCUUUCUGCAGUUAAAACUUUUUUUUUGCUUAAAAAACUACGAUACUUGUAUUAACAUUAAUACAAGUAAAUUGUUUGUAUUAUAAGGUUUAGCUAAAGCAAUUUGCUGAAAACUUAAGUAAAACUUUUCAAUAUACUUUUUUUUUUUCACUAAGGAAAUAUCUGUUACUGGAAACGUUACAGUCUUAGCAUACCAACACCGCAGUUAUUGGCAUUUCAAUUAAGGUAUUAGUGAGGUUGGACUAUUGUCCUCUACACUGUAUAAUUACUUAGAGAUCAAAAUCAUACUGUUUUGUAUGUUGAUAUAGAAAUAAAAUGUUUUAUGGAAUUGACAAGUUGUUAGUAUUUCUGUAAGUGAAAAAAUAUGUUUCCACACCUUCAGCUUCUUAUUUUUAAAUGUUUCAUAAAAUGAUGAUUUAUUUGUGGAUGCUUUUCCUUGCCUUUAAUUUCUCGUCUUCUUACUCUUCAUUUAGUUUAGUUGUUUUUUUAUCCCAGUUACCAUUUCAGUACCUCCUAUUCCUAGAUCAUGUUGUAGUUCAUUUGUUAUCACACCAUAUUAUUAGAACUUAUUUUAUCCUUUGAAUUUUAUAUAAAAAUCCUUUAUCACAUCAUCAUUCAUUCCACAAUACUUCUCAAGCUCUCCAGUUUCACAUCUAAGGUUCUUUACAAGACACAAUAUAGUAUCUAAAGUUACAGUUCAUUCAAUAACAGGUAUCAGUUUUCAUAUCUUAAAUAUAUAUUGACCUGUAAAUGAAAAGAAAGAGAAACAAACAGAGUAUAAUUGUUUUUUACAACUUGUGUAAAAUGUUGAAAUCUACAUCUUUGGAAGAAUGUAAUGAAUCAGGUUUCUCUGUUCUUUAACACUAUACAUGGUCAAGAAAGAUUAGUUUUACAACCAAAGCCCAGAAAAAGUUUGUAUCAAAUGUUUCUUUUUAAUAACUAAACAAGAACUAUGUAAUAUUAAGUUAUGUCAAAAGUGCUAAUAACGGUUAAUAGUGUAUUGCUAGGCAAGUUAAAAUAAUAGUACUCUCUUAAUACUGUAUUUCUAGUUAAUGAAUGAUUGUUUUUUUGUACAGUACGAGUCCUAAAAUACCAUGUAAUAGUAAUAUGUGUCUACAUUAUUGUAAUUCAGAUAAGCAGUAUGAACAAGAUAAAAAUAAAUAUAUUUCACCUUCAUAUAAUUUGGAUAAAAAUAAAUUAUCUUUGUUUUAAUGGAAUCUGCAUGGGGCCUAUACAAGAGAAGAAACAUUGACUGUGAUUCUGAAUCUACUAUGUGUAUCCACAUAAAAUGUGACGAGUUUGUUGUACACAAGAAAAUCAGAUGUGUUACAAAAGUGUCUGUGCUCAUGAUAAGUCUGUGAAUUGAUGAUGUCAACCUGACCACUGACAAGUCAGAGUGCAAGGUGAUGUGCAUGUGAAUAAAUACUUUUGUCU